AUGAAGACGUUACCGGUGCCAGCAAUACUGCUGUUAUGUGUUGCCCCACUUUUUACAACUGCCUAUCAUUACUGCUCCGAGGAUACGACGUGUGAUCAAUGCACCAAGGAAGGAUGCAGUUACUGGUCUUUGUCGUGUGUUUCUGACCGUAUCGCUCAACCGGAACUGUGCCCCAUUGACACGAAGCCCAUGCGAUUCGCUUUCGUCGAUCAAUUCGCUCGUGAAAUAAUGCUACCAGUUUCGGCGGCCGCAUAUUCGAAAACGCCGGAAAAAUGCUUCCAACACAUUCUUAAAGAUAUUAAGAUAAAACGACACCUUACGUUACCGCGUCUUGCGUCAUCCACACCAGAAGACACAUGCUCAGGCUUCACAGCCGUUUCGCACCAGCGAAAAGCCAUCAUUGUUAGUUUCAGAGGUACCACAACAACUAAGCAGCUGUGGUUAGAAGGUGUUGAAUCGGUGUUCAGAUAUAAAGUUAAAAUGCCAUCAGGUGGUGAGGUUAGCAAAUACUUCUUCGAUGCUACCAACAUAUUAUGGCAAAAUGGUAUGAUGCAAGAUGUCUUCGAAUUGCAUGGAAAUCAUUCCGAUUACGAAAUUUGGGUAACUGGACAUUCGCUGGGUGGAGCGAUGGCUUCAAUCGCCGCUGAAAUGAUUGCCGAAUCACCAAAAAUUGCGAGAGAUCAAAUUAAACUCGUAACGUUUGGACAACCACGAAUUGGAGAUGAAACAUACGCUGUUCAUCAUGAUAAAAUGGCAUUUUUGAUUGAACGAAUGGAACUUCAAUCAAUUGUGCUCAGCAAAAAAAUUCGCUUUUUUGUCGAGGAUUCUAUUACAAAUUUUCAGUUGCCGUAUUCCUAUCGAGUAACACACUCGAAAGACUUAGUGCCUCAUUUACCACCGCAAAAGUUCGAAAAUUAUCGACACCACGGUAAUGAGAUUUGGUAUAAUAAUGCAAUGACACCUGGAAGUUCGUAUCAGGAGUGCACGAUGCUCGAAAGCGAAGCGUGCAGUAAUUCGCUAUAUUUUGCGAUGUCGAUCGCGGAUCAUCUCAAUUAUUACGAUUUGGUUGCGGCUGUGUUUGGACGAGCAGAGUGUAAUAUACUUUCAUAUAAGUCGAACUUUAAGCAGCUGAUGAAGCAAAUAGAAGAGGAGGAUCGCAUUCAACGAGUGAUCUAA